AUGGCUUCACUUCAGAGUGUGACAGUAGACCAAGUGAGACUUAUUUUAAGUGAAAUUAUCGAAGCACUGGAAUCCCCAGACUAUGCCCCGAAGCUGGACGAGGCCAAGGAGGCUGCCGGGAACGAGAUGCUAAAGAUGAUGCAGAUUGUCUUCCCAAUGGUUGUUCAAAUUGAAAUGGAGACUAUUAAGCGACACGGAUUUAUUAAUUCUCGAGAAGGUAUUGUACAGUUUACACAAUUAGUCCGCGAGAUGGAACGCGCCGAUACGGAGGUGGCCCGCCUGCACAGCCAGGUGCGUGCUCAUUACCUGCCCCCUGUCUCCAUCAGCUCCACCGUGGAUACCUCUCUAUGA